CCGUUUGUUCGGUGGCUUCAUCAGAUGAUGUCUCUCGACAUGUUCCAUCGCAUCGCCGGUUAAAGAUUCGAGCUUGUUUCAUCCAAGAAUCUAACAGUUAUCAAACAUUGGUUUCUUACUUUUGUCUGAAAAAAAUAAAUCAGAGUUAGUUGCAAUUAAACACCUUUCUUCAGGUAUAAUGAGUAUUUACACUCCAAUCACAACAUGUUCUAGGAAUGUUAUCUACAUCAAGAAGCAGCUAGGCACUCACCUCUCUCAAGGUUCAUACAAGUUCCGAACUUACAGUCUUUCUUCAGGUGUUUCCAAAAGAGAUUGUGGUGUAUCAUCUGUCUCUAACAGACAACAACCUUGUAGUUGGUCGGUGUUGAUUAAUCGAUCAAACUUUGGUGGUCAUAAAGGAAAGCUUGAAGCUUCUUUCUUGAGCCCUGAUGCUAAAAUGUCCAGAAACCUUUAUUGGUGCUCGAGAUUUGCUUAUACUGGUGUGAUUGUUAGCUUGCUUGUUUGUUGUUCUUCUUCAAGUCCUCAAUCAGCAUAUGCAGACGCUUCCAGGGGUAAAGAUUGUGAUAGCAGCAAUGGGAAGAGAGUCUACAAAGAUUACUCUGUCAUUGGUAUACCUGGAGAUGGUAGAUGUUUGUUUCGUUCAGUGGCUCAUGGUUUUUGCUUACGCUCUGGUAAAGUCGCUCCAAGCGAGAAAGUACAAAGAGAACUCGCUGAUGAGUUACGUGCAAGAGUUGCUGAUGAAUUUAUCAAUAGAAGACAAGAAACAGAAUGGUUUGUAGAAGGAGAUUUUGACACAUACGUCAAACAAAUCCGGAAGCCACAUGUGUGGGGAGGUGAACCUGAACUCUUCAUGGCUUCACACGUCCUCGAGAUGCCAAUCACAGUGUAUAUGAAAGACGAAAAGGCUGGAGGAUUGAUAGCUAUAGCGGAGUACGGUCAAGAAUACAGUAAAGAAGAUCCAAUACGGGUCCUAUACCAUGGUUUUGGUCACUAUGAUGCUCUCUUGAUACACGAGAGUAAAGGUCCAACUCACAAGUCCAAACUAUAGCAUGCAAAGUUCUUGUUUUUGAAUCUGGAAUGAUUAUGAAGUGGCGGAAAUACCCCUCCAGAAUGGUUAGUUGUUUGUACUUUGUAGACAGCAAGUGGGAUCUUCACAUGCAUCUUUGUGUUGGUAACUUUUGUCAGGUGGUUAUGAUUUUAUCUUAUCUUUUUCUGACCCAACCACAAUCUAGAUAGACAUGUCUUGUAGAAUUUUAUCUUUUUAUGUACUUUAUACUUUUAAUUUGAAUAAAAGGUCAAAUAAUAUGGUUGUUUCUAAUCAUAUCUUG